GGGCUUUCAAAUCAUUCCCAGCUACGUGGACCUACAGCUUGAUUUAAAAUAAAAAAGCCCAAUGUGAUCCGAUCUGUUAAACCCUUCCAUGAACAACAUCAGAAGAAAAAAAAGCCCUCGCAGGUUACUCGAAUCUCACUCUCACCUGAGUUUGCCAUCCAUUUCCCAUCCACCAUCGGCCAAAUGUUGAAGUGGUGGCGCGCGGCCAAUAGCGCACGCAAAUCCUCGGCGGUGACGCCGACUCGCCGCAACUAUCACACGAUCCAAGCCAUUCCUCGGGAGAUCUCCGGCCACCGUGUCGCCGUCCGCGAACGAGCUCAUGGUCGGAUUCCAGCCGUCGUAUUUUCCCAGAACUAUGUCCAGAAAAACCCUAGCGACCCGACUUCAAUCGUCGCCACCAGCUCGGUUUCUCAGAAACUGCUUCUUACUACCGAACGGAAGCAAAUUAAGGCCAUCCUCAAGGAUGUAAAGCUCCCGUUCUUCUGCUCCACUACCUUCCCCCUUCAGAUCCGGGCCGGUUCGGGCUCAUCUACUAUACUUGACACCAAAAAGGUUCUUCCGAUCAAGUUACAUAGAGAUGAAGAAGGGAAUAUAUUGAACGUCGUGCUCGUGUGGGCAGAAGAUGGCACUGAGCUGAAGGUGGACGUCCCCAUUGUUUUCAAGGGAGAAGAUGUCUGCCCUGGUCUCAAGAAAGGGAGAACUCUUAUUUGCCUUUUGGAAAGUGUGGAUGCGAAGAAUUCAAUUGUGCUGUUGCAGAAGUUGUUACGGAUAAGGACUAAUUUGAAAUACUUGUGCCCAGCUGAACAUAUACCUGCAAAACUCGAAGUGGAUGUGAGCAAUCUCGAUAUUGGGGACAGCAUAUCCAUGCACGAUGUUGUGGUUCAUCCCAGCUUGAAGCUUCUCAGUAAGGACGAGACCAUGCCUAAUGCGAACAAAAUACAUAGCAGAAAAUCAGUUGCCAUUUUUGGAAAAUGCGAGGUUGUUCAAGCUCACAAUGCUAUGUUUCUUUGUUUUGACAUGUUUAGCAGAGACAUUUCUCCGAUUACCCCAACCGACAAACCUAGGAGAGGGAGAGAGGGGUUAAUCUUCUUCUACCUACGCCAUGCCAGUUGGGCACUUUUCCAAUUUCUGCUCUCAACCGAUUUCGGUGCCUUCUCCUCCUCCUCGUCCAAGAGGCAUUCCGAUGACGACAGCGUCAUCGUCUCCGAGGGAAGGUACUCCGUCAAGGCCGGAUUUUUAUCCGGCCGGCGGACCCGCAACCGUGGCCGCUCGAGGAAAGUGAGGUACGUGUCGGAGAAGGACGAUUACCCGUGGAGGUCCCCCAGCCGCUCGGACCAUUCCGCGUCGGCCAGGUCUCCGGCGCCGGCGCCGUCCAAGCCUCAGCCCUUGCCGAUGCCUGAGCUGCAUGUUCUGCUGCGGAUGGACCCCAAAUUCGCUUCCCCUAGCGUGCCUCUGCCUUCAUCGCGAGGUGCCAAUCAGAAUCAGAGGGGAGGGUAUGAGGAAAGAGAAAGAGACAGAGAGAUGCAGAUGGCAGAGACAUUGAGCGAGGAUGAGGUUGACGGGCUGAAUGGGCUCAGGAGGCUGUAUCCUUUUUCUUCUCUUCCUUUUGGGUUCACAAAUGAAAACGAUGGAAGAAUAAUUAAUUCUCUUUCCUUGUCCCUUCAUUCCAGAAUCAGCAGAUUACAUGGCCAAACCAAUCAUUCAAACACGGACCACCCUGAAACCCGACCCUGCAGAUGUAAAAAAAGCUCUGCACGCAAGCAUACCCCUAAAAAAGCCCAAUCACCCUACGGCUACAGGAUCAAUAUCCCCAUCAGUGCCCCCACCAGUCCUUAUUCAAGCCCGGCCCUAAGCCCGCCAGGCUGUGACAUGUUGGCAUCUCAUUACAUGACCCCACCCAGCGUCUUCCACGUCUGGUCCGCCCCUGAGAUCCCUUACUCGGCCCAAAACUGCUCCUUCUUCCAGCACACGCCCUUCGAGAAGGUCUUGUCCAGCGUUGACAGUUCUCCUCUACAGAGCCCCACUGUGGGGCCCGCGUCCCCUCUUCCCGGGCUAUUAUCCCCCGAAUCUCGGCGUGAAGGUGGCGGUGGAGUGCACCCACUGCCACGUCCCCCUGGGAGUGGGAGCGCCGCUGCCGGUCAGCCCUCGCCAACGGCUUCUGUUUCGCCGUCCGACUUGAGGUCGGAUUUCUCAGGGGCGUCUAACUGUGGAACGGAGAUGGAUUUUCCGAGAGGCAACAUCGCCCCACCGCAGCUGUCGCCUAUCGCGCAGGUGGCGGGAAAACCGAAAGUGAUGCCGAUAAAGUCCAGGUGGCGCAAAGGGAAGCUGAUCGGGAGGGGAACAUAUGGGAAGAGAAUGAGGCAGUUGGAGCAGGAAAUUAAAGUUCUCAGCCGUCUGAAGCACCCAAAUAUUGUGCAAUAUUUCGGUAGUGAAAUUAAUCCAUCGUUCGCCAUUUUACUCGUCAUAUCCUAUGUGGAUUGGCUUAUUUGCACAGCACGAAAACCAUCCACAGUUGUCAAGCUAGCUGACUUUGGGAUGGCUAAACAUCUCAGUGGGGAAGCAGCAAAUCUAUCAUUGAAGGGUAGUCCAUAUUGGCUAGCCCCAGAGUUAUUGCAAUCUGUGAUGUCAAAAGAUGCCAGUACAGAUGUUGCUUUAGCCGUGGAUAUAUGGAGCUUAGGCUGUACCAUUAUCGAGAUGAUGGAUGGGAAGCCUCCUUGGAGUGAGUAUGAAGGGGCAGCAGCAUUGUUCAAGGUACUACAAGAGAGUCCACCAAUACCCCAAACACUAUCGGCCGAUGGAAAAGAUUUCCUGCAGUGCUGUUUCCGUCGGAAUCCUGCUGAAAGGCCCACCGCAACAAAGCUUCUCGAACACCCAUUUGUCAAUGGCUCCUCUCACCACCAAUCAAAUGCUUGCAUCCAGUCACUCAAAGACAUGAGAUUAACGGCCUACAGAUCAAGAAAGGGAAAGUGGCUAACAUAUAAAGAGCUGAAAGAAACUGGCCUUCUUCACAUUGUGCUCCUCCAUUCCUCCUCAAUAAGACGAGCCCCAAUUUUUACGCAACCUCAUGAAAUUGGGACCGAGUUUAUAUUCUAUUCGGGAGCUUGCUUGCAGUGA